AUGUGCAUGAGCAGGUGGAAGGGCAAUAAUAUUUGCAGCAUCAAGCCUAAGGGACACAACACCCUUCGUAGAGGCUCCUUAAAGACGUUUGUUCCAUCGAGGGGGGAAAGGGACUCGCCAAGUAUUCGUACGACGAGAAGCAACCACGUGGGUUGUUCCUCCUCCGUGAUAUUUACGCCGCCCUUGGAAAGGACCCCCCGAAGGGCGUUUUUCCUAUUUGGGAGCAAAGAGGAGAGAAACAGCCGGUGCAUGCGUUUGAGCAGAGCAUUUAGCAGAAGAGACAUCUCAAGGUUAUUUAGUGUAAUAAGAAAAGGCAGUCUGUUGAGUGGCAGCUUGACGUAUAUUGCUCCUGUGAGUGUAAGUGAUAAGUAUCGCUUAGAAGUUCCGAACGGGGCAGAGAAAGGGAAAACAGGCACAUUAGGGAGCGAAGUAAAAAUGAGUGAAUGGAGUGGGGACCAGGUGGAGAAAAGGCUCGAGGGUGAGGCCGGGUUGAACGGAGUGGUGGGGGGACAUCAUGGGUUGGUCAGUAAGGCGUCGGCAAAAGGGGACGGAAAAGCGCCCGCGUUAUCCACACGUCCAGUCUUGUCCGCAGAAGAAGUCCGAGGCAAGUUCAUAAACUAUUUUAAAGAGAAGAACCACACAGUGAUUGAAAGCGCAUCAGUCAUUCCGUACAACGACAAUACGUUACUGUUUACGAACGCAGGGAUGAAUCAGUUUAAGAAAAUAUUUCUAGGGCAGGUGGAUAAGAAUAGCGACUUAGGAAAAUUGAAAAGAGCAGUAGACACACAAAAGUGCAUAAGAGCAGGAGGGAAGCAUAACGACUUGGAUGACGUAGGGAAGGACGUGUACCAUCAUACCUUUUUCGAAAUGCUAGGAAAUUGGAGUUUUGGAGAUUAUUUUAAAGAGGAAAGUAUAGAUUAUGCAUGGGAUCUUCUAACCAAUGUAUAUAAACUAGACCCGGAAAGAUUAUAUGUGACUUAUUUUGGAGGGGAUGAAAAAUUGCCUAGCUGUCCUGAGGAUGUGGAGACGAAAAAGAUAUGGUUAAAAUAUUUAGAUGCAAGUCGUAUUUUACCAUUUGGUAUGAAGGAUAAUUUCUGGGAAAUGGCAGAGACAGGUCCCUGUGGUCCUUGUUCAGAAAUUCAUUAUGAUCGAAUUGGCAAGAGAGAUGCUUCUUCAUUGGUGAAUAUGGACGACCCCAGUGUGUUGGAAAUAUGGAACAUAGUUUUCAUGCAGUAUAAUAAGGAUGAGAAGAAAAAUAUGCACAAGUUGCCCUUCCCAUGUAUCGAUACAGGAAUGGGGUUAGAAAGGAUCACAUCGAUAUUACAGAAUGUGGAGAGUAAUUACGAUACGGAUUUGUUCAUCCCCAUUUUUAAGCAGAUAAAGGAAAUUUUUACUCACCUUCCUGAGUAUGGAGGUAAGGUUAAUGAGGAAGAUGUGGAUCGAAUUGAUUAUGCGUACCGAGUUGUUAGUGAUCAUAUAAGAUGUGUAACAAUAGCUAUUAGUGAUGGUUGUCUGCCUGGAAAUGAAGGACGAAAUUAUGUCAUAAGGAGGAUUAUCAGAAGGGCCAUCAGGAUAGGUAAGCAGAUAUUUCAGGUAGAGAGCAACGUUCUGUGGUUUUACAAGUUGGUGGAUUCUGUGUGCCAGAUUUUGAAGGAGUGCUUUACAGAUUUGAAGGAUGAAAACCGAGUGAAUUAUAUUAAGAAUGUGAUUAAACAGGAAGAAAUGGUUUUCAAUAGGACGUUAGAAAAAGGUGUGGAUCAGUUUAAUAAAAUUAUUAAAAAGAGUAACAACGCAGGGGGGGACAACAUUUUCAGUGGCAAGGAUGCAUUCGAAUUGUAUACUUCUUAUGGAUUCCCUAUCGAUCUCAUACAAAUAAUGUGUGAAGAAAAAAAUUUCAAAUUAAGCAUGUCCGAAUUUAAUGAGUUGUUUAGGAAGCAUCAGCUCGUGUCAGAUACGAACAAUUUUAAGAUUAAUAAAUGUUUUGACCUGCCAGUGGAGAAGGCCCAUGAGUUGAAGCAGAAGCAUGGUGUGGAAGGGACGGAGGAUCACCACAAAUACAAAUGGAAUAACGAUGAUAAGAAGAAUGACAUGGUAAAAGUUGAGACAGAAAUUAUGGUCAUCUACGAUGGGGAGAAUUUCAUAGAUAGCAUUAAAACCCCGAGUGAUGAUAAGAAAUAUGCACUCAUUUUGAAGAAAACCAAUUUUUACUAUGAAAAUGGAGGGCAAAUAUACGACACGGGGGUCAUUCAAAAUGAGAACAUGAAAUUCCAAGUACUUAAUGUGCAAAAAAUGAACGAGUAUGUGCUGCACAUUGGUGUUCUCCAAGAGGGCAAAAUAGAAAAAAACGACUCUGUUUAUACCGUGGUCAAUUUUGAGAGGAGAAAAUUAAUUGCAUGCAACCACACCGCAACUCAUUUACUAAAUUUUGUCAUAAAGAAAGUUUUAACGGAGUAUGUGGUGCAUGGGAAGGGGGAUAGUAAGAAUGGCGAUUUGGUCCAAGCAACGAGUGAGAAGGAACAAAGUGGAGUGAACUCCAUUUUUAAUUGUGAUCAGAAGGGUUCUCUAGUGGAUGAUGAGAAGCUAAGAUUUGACUUCUCCUUCUUCGAAAAUGUAAGUGACGAAUUGGUUAGCAAAAUUGAAAACCAAGUGAACGAUUUAAUUAAGAAACAAUUAGCUGUCUCCGUUCGAACCAUGGAUCUUAAGGAGAGCAAAAAGAUUAAAGGGAUAAGAGCCAUUUUUGAGGAAGAUUAUGCAGAUGUUGUCAAUGUAGUGUUUAUAGAUAAUGACGUUGACAAAAUUCUGAACCAUCUGGACGUAAACUACUCCUACUUGUGUUCCAUUGAAUUGUGUGGAGGUACCCACAUCGCGAACACGAAAUUUAUAAAGAAGUUUAUUAUAACAUCAGAGGAGAGCAUCGGGAAGGGAAUUUACCGUAUCAAUGCUGUUACCAAUAAGAAGGCAGAAGAGGUAGAAGCCAAAUUUGAUCACUUGCUUGCCAAGUACAAACACAUCUUUGAUGACCCCAAUGAAGGCAAACUAGCUGACGUACAGACGUACAAACGGGUUCUAAAGGAAGAUAAAUUUUUGCCAUAUAUUAGGAAAAAUCAAAUAUUGCAGAAAUUAGAAAAAAUUGAAAAAAAUAUUAUCGAGAAGACAAAGAACAUGCAGAAGGAGUUAUUCAAUAAGGCUACCAUUAUUGGAAAGGAUUAUGCCUUGGAGGACAAAAGUGGUGUUCUUGUAGAUGUCAAGCUUUUUGAUGCUCUAUCUGGAAACCAAAAGGUGCUAGAGAAAAUCGCCCAGUCGUAUUGCAAACAUAACAAAUUGUGCAGCUACUUUUUCAUCAUUGAUGAUGAGAAGAACACGUACUGCGUUUUCGAAAUGAAGGAUUCGUUGAAGGGGACCACUAUACAGGCAGAUGCUUUCAUGAAGGAGAUAAUGCAGUCGGUGGAAGGCCAUUCUGGCGGAGGUAAAAACAAGGCCUUCGGGUCGGCAGCAAAGGGGAAAGGAGUCAUCAUAAAGGAGCUAGCACUGAAGGCGGUUAAGAAGUACCACUAG